AGUUAAAGUGGCUUCGAUGAGCUGAGCCAGGACGUUACAGAAGCUUUGAGCUCCAGAAUGUCUGUGACUGAGGUUCCAUCAGUGCAGCCUUCAACUCAACUCCUUCAAGUCAGUGAAGCUCAUUGUGAGCUGCUGGAGGAGACCAGACCAAAUGGGUGGCAGGAAACUCUCUUCCCCCCUCUCUCUGAAAGAUCCUGGCUGCCGUCAUGACUCAAACAUCCUGCUGCUUUGGCAGGAUGUGUCUUGCUAGCAGGAUGUUAGCGUGAUGCCAGACCAAGCCUUUGACACCUCAGACACCAGCCUGAAGGAUGAGAUAAAUAGACAGGUCCUUACUGAGUCAAGGUGCUGAAGCAUCACAGGAAGGAUGGAGGUGAAGCAGGUGAGGAGGACGCGGGAGAACCGGGGCCAGUGGGCCAACAAGAGAGAGUUUGUGCUGGCUGUGCUCGGGCAGCUGAUCGGUCUGGCCAAUUUCUGGAGAUUUCCUUACCUCUGCUUCAAAAAUGGAGGAGGUGUGUUUCUGGUGCCGUACCUGGUCUUCCUGCUCACCUGUGGGAUCCCUCUCUUCUUUGCUGAGACCUCUCUGGGACAGUUCACUCAAGAAGGUGGCAUCACAUGCUGGAGCAGCAUCUGUCUGCUGGCGAAAGGUAUGGGCUUCAGCAGCCAACUGAUCAUCUUCUACUCCUUGGUGGAUUACACCAUCAUCCUGGCCUGGACCUUCUUCUACCUCUUCUCCUCCUUCAGUGCAACACUUCCAUGGAGCAGGUGUAACAACACAUGGAACACAGAUCGCUGCUCUGACUACGGAGGAAACUUCACCUCGGAGAGCAACGCGACGUCUGCCAGCACAGAAUUCUGGCUGAGGCGAGUGCUGAGGCUGUCCGGAGGAAUAGAGGAGAUGGGGGAGGUCCACUGGGAGCUGGCUGGCUGUCUGCUGCUGAGCUGGAUCCUCUCCUACUUCUGCGUCUGGAAGGGAGUCAAGACCUCCGGCAAGGUCGUCUAUUUCACCGCGACGUUCCCGUAUUUAAUGCUGAUGGUGCUGCUGAUCCGAGGACUGACGCUCCCUGGAGCUGUGGAUGGACUCGUAUUUUAUCUGUACCCAGAGCCAGCGAGACUCACAGACAUACAGGUGUGGAUGGAUGCUGGCAACCAAGUCCUCACCUCCCUCUCUCUGUGUGCUGGAUGUUUACAAGUGCUGGGAAGCUACAACAAGUUCAACAACAACUGCUACAGGGACGCCAUCUACCUUUGCCUGGUGAACGCCGUCACCAGUCUGGUCGCCGGGUUUGCAGUCUUCUCUGUGCUGGGUUUCAUGUCCAGGGAGCUCAACCAGGACAUUUCUGUCGUUGCUGACUCAGGUCCAGGUCUGGCCUUCAUCACCUAUCCAAGUGCCAUUGCUCUGAUGCCUGUUCCUCAGCUCUGGGCGUCGUUGUUCUUCAUCAUGAUCCUCCUGCUUGGAGUGGACAGUCAGUUUCUGUGUUUGGAGGCCUGGGUCACGUCCAUAUCGGACAUGUUCACCUUCUUCUACACUGGACGCCGGCGUCAGUUCCUCCUGGUCUCCACGUGUGUUGUGUGUUAUCUGUUGGGCCUCUGCAUGGUCACUGAGGGAGGACUGUACGUGUUCCUGCUCUCUGACUAUUACGGCUCCAACGGGAUGUCACUCAUGCUCUUCGCCAUUAUCGAGUCUGUUUGUAUUGGAUGGGUGUACGGUGCGGACCGCUACUACAAGAAUGUGGAGCAAAUGAUCGGCUACCGUCCCUCGCCGUACAUGAAGUACUGCUGGAAGUUUGUCACUCCGACUCUCUGUACUGUCAUACUCACGCUCUCGCUGAUCCGAUUCACUCCUCUCAAGUACAACAACGUGUACCAGUAUCCGUGGUGGGGUUAUGGUAUCGGUAUCUUUUUGUCAGUGUCCAUCAUCAGCAUCAUCCCAGUCUGGGUGCUUUACGUCCUGAAGGUCUCCACAGGAAGCCUGAGACAGGUGAAGCCUUUCACAUCAAGUGGACAUACACAUGUAUCCACACAGAAACCCAUGGCUGGAUUUGCCAUCCAGACUGUGCUACGGUGGUCAUUAAGUCCUAACUCCUGAGGUCUCAUCCUCCCCACAGAGGCUGAACACACUGAUCCGUCCUG